CUGUCCACGCCCAGCUCCCACCCCUGCUUUGAUUGCGCUCAUCAACCAAUCUUCCCGCUGCUCCAACACAAGGAUGAACAACACGUGUUUUCAGAGACUGGCGUUGCCACUGCUCGCAGCUGGCGCCUUGAGCGGGUUCGCUUCAGUAGACGCCAUCAACCCCUGCCUCGACCCUGCAGCUGAGGAAUUCAAAUGCUGGCUCAACCCGGGGGAACUGCAUCUCAAUCUGAUAGGGUGCGACAUAACGGACAGCGACGCGCAGGAUCUCUCGACAUGUGUGGACAGCGUUUCCCAUGACCCUGUUAACGAGGUCUCGCUCGGACAAAACAAGUUGACACAGCUGCCGGACGGAGUCUUCGCCGACUUAACCUACUUACGCUUCCUCUACCUCGACGAAAACUCCCUGACGAGCUUGCCGUCCGGUGCUUUCAGCGGCAUGUCUCUCCUCCAGCGGCUGUACCUUGACAACAACGACCUCUCCGAGCUCUCUGAGGGGAUUUUCGACGGGCUGUCGUCGCUGGAAGAGUUGGACCUGGGGUCGAACGCUCUUUCUGCGCUUGACCAUGGCGUUUUCGACGGCCUCGGAGCUCUCCAAAAGCUGUGCGUCCAUACGUCGCUUCGAAGCUUUUCACUUUUCGGCAAGCAGAAGGCAGCAAAGCUGCCAUUUUCUCGGCACAAAUGUCUUGUAGACCAAGCCACUAGCUAUCGCUCCCGCGUUCAUAUGAGUAUUUUGCGUCGAGAUUGA